AUGACUCGCGCGUCGCCCUUGGCCAAGCGACAGCCGGGUGCGGCCAACCAGCGCGACAACCACAACGAGAGCGGUGUUGGAAGUCAUGGGAAGCGCACAACCAAAUACCAGCAAAAGCCCUCUCACGGCCUGCCGCUUGUUGGCGGCGAUGCCGUAGCCCGAUCGUCGCCAUCUUCUGGCAACUCUGUCCUCACCAUCCCGUCUCAUCCUCCGGCCGUGGCCGCUGGUGCUCCGUCCCCACCAACACUUUUUGCUACCGUGGCCGCCGCUGCCGUGGCUAACGGUUGCACCCGUGGUACGGACACGAUGGCGUCUUCCUCACCUGCAGCCUACCACGGGCAGCAGCGCCACCGCAAGUCCGAUCCCUCUCUGGUAACAUCGACUGGCUCCCGCCGCUCGCACGUGUCCGACCGCCAUCUGCCGAAUGUCGACGUUUCUCAGCCGCACUCUUCUUCGGACUCUCUAGCUGUCCCCCACACACUUGCGACGUCAAACGAUGUCUCAGGUGUACCUGCACCAUCCGCUGUAUCGUUUGAAGAGUCGUACCGCCGCAUUGAUGUCAAUGCUACCAAGAACGCCAACGUCCACCGUGACACCGGGCCUCUCGACCUUGCAAUAACAAUUCUCCGCUCCUGUCCGCUGUAUGACACUAUAGCCAUUCUCAUCAUUCUCAUGCAGCUUUCGCCCGUGGUUCUAUCGGUCGUCUACAUGCUGUUUACCGUUCUCACCUUCGUCCCUCCUGUCACGUCUAGCUCCGGCUUGAGCCUGACAGAAAUAUUCGAGGGUGGUCUCGGUACGCCGGCUUUCACCACUAUUAUAUGUAUGGAUGUUGGCAUCCUACUUGUCUGGCUCUUUCUCUGGGGCCCACUGCAACUCCUUAUCCUUGAUUUUGCGCAGGUUGUUAUCGCACUCACACUAGGAGGUGGUUACAACAACAGCAGCUCUCGCCAAGGCUCCACUAACAACAUAUUUGUUUGCUUGGGCAUUGUUAUUUUUACCCACUUCAGUCAUAUUACCAGCCUGGAAAACCUCACUGCCGACCAUUCAUCUGCCUUUGCUGACCUUCAUAUCUCGGUCCACCAAUCGUCCAGGUCUUUCGCUCGUCGUGUGGGUGGUGCCUCGUGGGUCCGAAAUGUGUUCGCAAUCCAUAUCCUCAUGCAGGGCAUCGUGCGCUACAUUAGGGAGUGGUAUCUUCGGCGGGAGAAACGAGACUCCAUGUCUAACUAUCAAUCGGAUCCUGAGACCGGAAGGGCCAUGUGCUUACAUGAUAUAUCCAUGGAAGGUACGCCUUCUGGUGCUGCAGACGCUGAUGGUCAUACUGGCAUGUCUGGUAAUAUUACAAUUACCGACUCGGUCAACCACAGCAUGGGACCAUCUAGCACGGUUGGGCCAAAUAGCGUUACACCGUCUGCCAACACAGGGUUUAUUACUAUGGAUGCAGACAGCGCGUCUGCCCCCGGGAUGACCGGUAAUACCACAAUGGCCUCGAUUCCGACAACUCACAUUUCUUCGAAGAAAAAGAAAAAACAAAGUGCGCUCGUCCGCCUGCGCCAGCCCUUAUGGGCGGCUUUGGCUAGCACAAAGAUUGUCAUGAUCAAGGAGUAUGAACUGUCGCAGGCGGCGUCCGAGUCCGCUGGAGCGGAGGCAACCGAUGUAGAUAACCUCGGAAAUGCUCCCUUUUACGCACAACCAGGUCAGAUUUGGGUGUGUUAUGUUGGACACGACGAAGUAUGCUUCAGUACCAGCGCCUUUCCCAGUGAAGACAAAGAUCAAGAGAUGUCUGGUGCACUGGCACAGUCAAACUCAUUUUUCAUUGACACCACCAAACCAUUUUAUGUUCGCAUAAAUAACGCCACGUGGCAGCCGACACGCAUUAUUCCUAUCGUUGAGGGCCAGGGUGAGAAUCCGACGGACCCAGCAGACGACACCAAGUGGGAUCUUUCAAAUGACACCACAACCCGCUGGACUGGUGACAUUUAUGGCCUCACCCCUCUCUCUAGUUACGAGUGCGAAUUCGUCAGUACUCGUUCUGGCGAAGUACUUUUCAGCACCAGCGUCAGGACUGCUGCCGCCCCUUCUAAAAGUACGGCUAUUGCGGCUGCAAAACCAGCGCCGCCAAGUCAACUGCGCCCACACGAGUCACCUGCCACGACUAUCAAAGCAUCUAUUACGACCCAGGAAGCCAAGCUGAACGAUGAGAAAACAAGGUUCAAGACACUUCGCAGGGACAACAAUCGCCGUGCCAAUGCGCUGAAAAAGGAAAUUGACCGAUUGACUGCCUCCGUUCAGUCUGCAGGCGGAAAUGAUGACAAAUUUAAACAAAAAAUCACUCAAAAUUCAGUUCAACAGAAACAGGCGGAACAAGCAAUUGAGGUCAUUGAGGCUGAGCUCAAGGACAUUAGCACCGUUCCUGAAGAAAUCCUCGGCCAAUACCGUAACAAGAAAAGCGAAUGGGACCGUGAAAAGGCUCAGUUCGACGGCGUCAUGGCGUCAUUUAAAAGCUUCAAGAGCUCCGUUGACAGCGAGAUUCAGUCGCUGGAAGACGACCAUGCCACUUUCCAAGCCAAGCGAAACAAGAUAGCUUCUCGCAUCGCCAAGGCCGACAGUGAGCAUGCGCAAAUCAUGGAUGCCAACGCCCGUGGCCUUGACGAGGCCGAGCGCCGUCGCCAGGAGCGCGUCAAUAUCGAGACUGAGAUUGCGAGGUCUCACCAGAGUUACGUGGAACGCCUUGUCGCUGCGCAGAAUGCGAACGAGGAAAAGGUGCAUGCAAUUGAAAUACUACACGAGACAAUGCGCUCAUUUUAUUCUUCUUUUGACAGCGAGCGGCCUUACGAGAACCGAUAUGCUGUCGGAACUGCCCAUAUACUUCAGGCUACGAAUAGCGGUGCACCAACAUCGGCCCGAGGGGCUUGGCCAACACCACAUGUGCAAUCAAGUUCCUUGCAUGUCCCUCAGACCCCAUGGUCCGCCAUACCGACAGUAGCCACCUCGGGAGUUUCGCCCAUUACGGUCAGUGCAGCGCCUGUUGCACCUUUUAUACGCAAUCAACAACUGGCAGCCACUCCCAUGCCGCCAAUACUUCGGAUGCGUGGCCGGUCAUCUUCGAUGCUGAGCGAUGUUUCUGGUUUCACCCAGUCUAGCACUGCGGAUGACGAUAAUACGGCUGCACAUAUCGGAGGUGUUACCACUGGCGGUUCACAUAGCACCGACGUGUUCGUCUCUUCGAGUACGUUUUCUGGGCAGACUUCGCAAGCUGGGACAAUCCGAGGCCCACCGCCUUUCGAACUAACUCAAGACCAAGGCAGCUCUGGUUCUGCCUCCGGUUCUGGAUCUGGGAGCAGCGUUCACAGUGGCAGUGGAAGUGCGGGCAGUAUCCGUGACCUGCCUAGCCCGUUGUGA